AUGCGAUCUCUCCUAGGCAAAGAUUCAUUCUACGUCUGCAUUAAAGAAUACUAUAAUGCUACUUACACAACCUAUCAUUGGUUCACCCUCACUGAGAAUCGCUUGGUCUCGAUCCCAUUCCCUUCUCAGCCUGAUCCAGACUCUAAGGAGAAUGAAUGGAGAGUGGUUAAUGGUUUGAAACUCAACAAGUAUUCUGCCUUCGAAUUGGCUGAAUACAAUGGAAAGUUGUUGAUGUUCCCGCACCAAGAAAAUAAUGGGGAGAUUUGGUGUGCAAUGAUCAAGUUGGAUAGAAGUGGAGUAGAGAUUACAGGGAAGGUUGAGUGGUUUGAUUGCGUAUAA